CAUCGGAACAGGACAGCCAGUCCUCCCCAGGAAUCCGCGACAGCACAUCGUGCAGCCUUGAAAGCCAACUCUGCCAACAGCAGGAAGCUUCAGCAAUUCUCUGCAGACCUCCAGAGGAUAACGUCAGAGAAAAUGAAAACUGCCGUCAUAUUUCUUGUUCUCCUAGCAACAGUCAUCUGCCAUCCCGUGAAAAGAUCUGCAAGCAGCUCAGAAAGCUCGGAGGAGCAGGUGAAGCCGGCUCGCGGGCAGGCAAAGCCAGCCCUCUCGCUGAUGAAAGCCGCAGCGGAUCUCUCUCAGACAGCCCCUGAGCAGGCUGUGACGGCGGGAUCUGAUGAGAGCUCUGACAGCUCCGAUGAGAACCAGGAGUCCGACACAGCGUCAGAUGACAGCGAUGAUGAUGACGACACCAGUGAGAGUGAUGAGACCACGGAGGUCACCUCCGUGGCCCCAACCCUGGCGGCAUGGACAUUGCCCCCCUUCAACGGGAGAGGGGACAGCCUGGGCUACCCCAGCGACUACAAAUCCAGCAUGUUCAUGGAGAGCAACAAGGUAGAGCAGGACCCAUCUUCCUACAAGUCCUACAGUGCUAACAAAAUGGAUGAGAACUCCAACCUGGUGAACAAGAAGUCUUCUGUCUAUACCGAAAAGGACAGGAACGACAUUGAGAAGACCUUGAAAGUAUACAAGGCAGUCCAGGUUUAUGAGGACCCCGCUGAGGAGGACACCAGCACCCCAGAGAUGGAUUCCCAGGGUCUCGACCCCUCCAGUGAGCGUCAGGGCCCGGCGGCCAGCCAGGGGACAGAGAGCACCGACGAGACAGAGGAGGCGGCGAACACCAGCAGCGACAGCACCAGUGCUGCCGAUGGCUCUGAGAGCAGUCAGAGCAGCGAAGAAGCCACAGCUACACCCGGGGCCGCUGACGGCGACUCCUCGCAGAGCUCCGAGAGCCAGGAGAGCGACUCGACAGAGGACCACAGCGCGGCGCCUGAGCUCAUCACUGCCAAAUAACCUUCCUCCCAUACCUACAGCGUCUAACCCUGAGCCCCCAGGUGCAAUUAACAGUGAAGAACACGAGUGUACCCACAGCGCCACCUGGGGGCCCUCUACCUGCAUGUCUCCACCACUAGAAAACAACACAGACGCAGUAGCAGAAGCGGCUUCGUAGGCCCUGUUGCUGCAGUAGCUGUUAGAAGCGCUCCUCUCUCAGGGACGCCCGGUCCUCGUUGGUUGCACAAUGAAUUAUGUUAAGUGGUUAUUUUGUUGAAAAUAUUUUAUACUGCUUUGUAUCAUGUUUGAUUAUUUCUAAAUAAAUGUCCUUUUUGAGACGGACAAUAACAUCACAAA